AUGAGGGUCGAAACGUGCUACUUCUGCUCCCGCCCCGUCUACCCCAGCAAAGGCAUCACCUUUGUGCGCAACGACGCCAAAGCCUUCCGCUUCUGCCGCAGCAAAUGCCACACCAACUUCAAAAUGAAGCGCAACCCGCGCAAACUCGGCUGGACGAAAGCCUUCCGCCGCGCGCACGGCAAGGAAAUGACCGUCGACUCGACGCUCGCCUUUGCGCAGCGCCGCAACGUCCCCGUGCGCUACAACCGCGAGCUCGUCGCCAAGACCGUCGCGGCUAUGGAGCGCAUUGGCGAGAUUAGGGGCAAGAGGGAGAGGCAGUUCUAUCGGGAGAGGAUGCGGGGGCAGCGGAAGAGGGAGCUCGAGGCGGAUCGGAAGUUGGUGGAGGAGAAUCAGCAUUUGCUUCCGCCGCAGUAUCGCGAUCAGGUGCGCGAGGCGCUUGUGGAGGCCGAGGGGUUGGAGAAGGAGGCGAUGGACGUGGAGGUACUGGGCGAGGAGGAGGCGCUGGCGGACAAGGUGGUGCAGAAGGUGAAGGGGCAGACGAAGAUCAGGAGGAGCCAGAGAUUGCUGCGGAGUGGAGAUGUGGAGGAGGAUAUGGAAGUCGAUCGUUGA